AGAUAACAUAAGAGUGACUAAAGAAACGUUAAUCUGUUCCAAAAAAUUCCCUCACGCAUCUUGUGUACAGGCUAAUAAAUUGCAGAUGAUCUGAAGAAUUUGUAAAUUUAGUUGACGCUCUCAGAUGCUGUUGUAGGAUGGCAUUAGCUACUGAUUAUUCUCCACAAUUAAUAAAAUGCAAGAGAUGCCAUAUAGAUACCCCUAUCUCCCGAAAAUUGAUUGAAGAAACUCAAGUUUCAUAUUCUGGCGAAGAGGUUAGCUGUGUGAGGACACUGAAAUGUUCAUCGUGCAGUUUCACUGCUGGUCUCUUUAUAAAUGGAGAAUGGAUGACUUUAGAUGAUAUACUUUCAGAUAAGGCGAAAGAAGAUGGUUGUUUCCAGGCAAAGUCAUCCAAAGAGAGAGCUGUCCACUUUAUAAUGAGUCAGAUUUUCUAUCAGGAGCUGGAAAGUCCAGAUGCAUUGGAGAUGGAGGCUGUAUUUGAUCUUCCUGACUUUACAGAUGAUAUAACCAUUCUCUGGCAGAAUGGUACAGCAGUUGGAUUUUACAGUACAAAACAGAAAGGUGUAACAGAUGAACGAACAGCUGAGCAGUAUCCAAUGGUCACUCUUGACUCUAUAUAUGUCUCCCCAUUUCAUCGACGAUGUGGAGCUGCUACAAAGUUGCUUGAGCAUCUUGCUGCAACUCAUUGUGAUCAAGAUAUUGCUGUUAGUACGCCUAUCUCAUCCACAAUGAGAAAAGAGAAGAAGCUGGUCAAGCACUGUUGUGUACAGUGCUAUAUCAUGGGCCGAGCUCAUCUUUGGUGUGGCACCAUCAUGGAUGCUGAAGAAAUUUCUUGCAGAGAGACCAACAUACCGGCGAAAAUUUUGGGAAGUAGAAGGGACAGGACAAGAAGGAGACAGAAAAUUGAUAUGGUAUUCUCUUCUGAGGAAAGAAAGACUGUUACAGAAGACUGAAAGAAGUAAUUCACAAGUUCCUAUUUAGUCCUUUGAAGAACAAAAACCUAUGAAUGAAAAUUUUAGUAAUGUUUGUUAUGCCACUUCAUCAGAAUCAUCAGAAUCAUGGAGGAGAGUGGAGAGAGAGAGAGAGAGAGAGAGAGAGAGAGAGAGAGAGAGAGAGAGAAUAAACCAAGUUUCUCCCAAACAUUUCUUCUAUUAACGUAUAACUUUUUAUGUUCAUUUAUAUGGCAUCUCUUCUUCAUAAUGAAAUCUACAGCACACAGUGUCCGAAUAAAGGCAUA